CUGUUUCCGUCCCCGCGCGGGCGGGGAGGUUACAAUGUAGCCAGGCCCGCGGCGGGCGCUCGCUUCCCCCGGGGCAGGAAACUUCCCGGCCCCCACCGGAGGGAGCGGCCCCCUUUGUGUCCGCCCCGGGAUCCGGCCCCGCUCGCGCGGCUGGGGGGCGCCCCACGGAAGUGAGCCCCCCGGAGGAGGGCCGGGCGCUGCCCCCCCCCGUGUGAUCCCCGGAUUUGGGUCUAGCAGCGUUUCCAGCCCACCCGGUUCUGCUUGUGGUGAAGAUUUCUGUCCGGCGGGGGGAGAUUGGACCCCCCCUUGUCUCGUUUCUUUAAUUAUUUCGUGGACAAUGUUCUCCGCGGCCGCCCGCCGCUGGAUCGUACCGGGCGCGGGUUUCUGCACGGCCUUGUAAAGCGGUCUCUCUGGGAGGGACGGCAGGAGACGGGAUGGAUGAUCGGAAACCGCCCAGCCAGGCCAAAGACUGUGAGGUACCAGCCGACGGGAGUGCAUCUUUGGAAGAGCGGGGCGGCGCAGAAGGAGGCCCCCUGAAGCCGCCGGAAGGGGCUCCCGCUGCCCAGGAGCCAGAAGCCAAGGAGCCACCCCAGACCUGCAGCGCCCUGCCCAGGCGUUGUGCCCUCUGCAACUGCGGCGAGUGGAGCCUGCAUGGACAGGGGAUGCUGCAGCGCUUCGAGCCGGCGCCCGACUGGACUGAGCGUCUCUCCGGGCUGCCGGACAGGAGGGGCCCUGGCGAGACUCGGGCCCCUGGGGACGACCUGUCCCUGAUCGGCUUCGCGGAGGGGGUGUCACCAGGAGAGCUCUUUGGGCCAGCGGGGCACUGCUGGGCCCACCACUGGUGCGCUGCCUGGUCGGCGGGGGUGCAGCCACAGGCUGGAGCUGGGCUGAGCGACGUGGACAAAGCUGUUUUCUCAGGGAUCUCGCAGAAAUGUGAACACUGUCAGAGGAUGGGUGCUACCAUUCAGUGCCGCUCGGAGGGGUGUCCGCGGCGCUACCACUUCCCAUGCGCGGCAGCCAGUGGCUCCUUCCAGUCCAUGAAAACCCUCCGGCUCCUGUGCCCAGAGCACGUGGCUGAGGCGGUGCAGAUGGAGGACUCGCGAUGCAUGGUUUGUGACGGGCCGGGGGACCUGCGCGACCUGCUCUUCUGCACCAGCUGUGGGCUGCACUACCACGGCACCUGCCUGGAUGUCCCCAUCACGCCACGCAAGCGCUCUGGCUGGCAGUGCCCCGAGUGCAAAGUCUGCCAAACAUGCAGACAGCCCGGCGCGGACUCCAUGAUGCUGGUGUGUGAGGCCUGUGAUAAGGGCUACCACACAUUCUGCUUGAAGCCGGCCAUCGAGAGCCUUCCCACGGACUCCUGGAAGUGCAAAAACUGCCGGGUGUGCUCCCACUGUGGGUCACGGCCAGCGGCGCUCGACCCCGGGUGCCACUGGUAUGAGAACUACUCGGUGUGUGAAGGGUGCCAGCGUCAGCGGAGCGCGGCAGGAGGCACCGAUACCGUGCGGCACUGUCAGAGCUGCCAGAAGCCCUUGCCCCCGGACAGCGACGCGGCAGGGGGUUCCACCUGCCGGGCAUGUCAAGGGCAGCAGAAGCACCCGCAGCUGGACAGGGCCGGACCCCAGGAAGAGAUGCCCUCGAAGUGUGAUGCCAAACCACUAGAUCCCGCUCCAGAGGCAGAGGAGCCAGAGGAGACGCCAGGCCCGGCAGCACCUGCUAAGGACGAGGCGACGGAGCCGACACCGCCCGAGACAGCCCCUGAACCACCAGCCCCACCCCCAGCCCCCCCAGACCCUCCUGUUGCCACGUCGCCCACCCGUCCCGAGGAGCCACCACCGGAUGCCAAAGAGGAUGUGGCCCCCACGCAGCCAGCGGGACCCCCUGCCAUCACCGCGGCCCCACUGGAGCCUGCAGGCAGCCCCCAGCCCCCCAUGGAGAAGGAGCCUGCUGCCGCCUCCCCACCUCGGACAGAGACGCCCCCUGCAGCCCCCCAGCUGUGCCCCCUACAGCCCAGGGAAGCGAUGGAGUGUGGGGAGGAGGAGGGGAUGGACACAGCAGGAGGCGAGGCAGGGUCCCUGGUCAGCCCUGCGGGGGAUGGGGGCCAGCCCACCCCAGCUGUGGCCCUGGGGCCGUUCCCAGGCCUGGCGGGGGAGGAAGAGGAGGAGGCAGCAGCUGCUGGGCUGGAGCAGGCAGGGGCUGCGGGGCGGCGUUCUCCCCAGCUGAGCGAGGAUGGGCUGGAGGAGAGCCGGGGCGGGGGGGACCCUGAGUCCAGCCACACCCCGGUCAGCUUCAACAGCGAGCCCAAGGGGUCCCCCAUGCUGCUGGAGCCCGAGGAGCUGGGUCCGGCCACCCCGUUGGAGGUGUACGGGACGGGUGGGAAGCUGCUGGAGCGUGGGGAGGAGGUGGGCCCCGAGCCUCCCGUCCUGCGGCCCCGCCCCACCCUCAUCAAGUCGGACAUCGUCAAUGAGAUCUCCAACCUGAGCCAGAGCGACACCCGAAGUAGCUUUCCCGGCUCGGAGCCCCUGCUGGGCUCUCCCGACCCUGAGGGUGGCGGCUCGCUCUCCAUGGAGCUCGGCAUGACCUCCGCCGACAGCCUGCAGAAGGACGACGCGAGCUCCCUGCCCCACUGCACCGACUCGCUGGCCGAGACGGACGACUCGCUGCUCUUCGAGCCGGGCGCCGGGGCCAAGGGCGAGGGGGAGAAGGGGCGUCGACGCAGCUCCCCGGGACGCUCCCGUCUCAAGCAGGGUCGCAGCAGCAGCUUCCCAGGGAGGAGGCGCCCCCGAGGCGGGACCCAGGGGGGCCGGGGCCGGGGCCGAGCUCGGCUGAAGUCAACCACCUCGUCCAUUGAGACCCUCGCGCUGGCGGAUAUCGACAGCUCCCCCAGCAAGGAGGAUGACGAGGAGGAGGACGACACCAUGCAGAACACUGUGGUGCUUUUCUCCAACACGGACAAAUUCGUCCUCAUGCAGGACAUGUGCGUGGUGUGUGGCAGCUUCGGGCGCGGGGCGGAGGGGCAUCUCCUAGCCUGCUCCCAGUGCUCCCAGUGCUACCACCCCUACUGCGUCAACAGCAAGAUCACCAAGGUCAUGCUGCUGAAGGGCUGGCGCUGCGUGGAGUGCAUCGUCUGUGAGGUGUGCGGAAAGGCCUCGGACCCCUCGCGCCUGCUGCUCUGCGACGACUGCGACAUCAGCUACCACACCUACUGCCUGGACCCGCCGCUGCACACUGUGCCCAAGGGCGGCUGGAAGUGCCAGUGGUGCGUGUGCUGUGUGCAGUGUGGGGCGGGCUCCCCUGGGUUCCACUGUGAGUGGCAGAACAACUACACGCACUGCGCCCCCUGUGCCAGCCUUGUCACCUGCCCCGUCUGCCGGGUGAAGUAUGUGGAAGACGACCUGCUCAUCCAGUGCAGGCACUGCGACCGGUGGCUCCAUGCCGUGUGCAACAAUCUCUUCACGGAGGAGGAGGUGGAACAGGCAGCAGACGAGGGCUUCGACUGCAGCUCCUGCCAGCCCUACGUGGUCAAGCCAGUCGUUCCAGUCGCGCCCCCAGAGAUUAUCCCAGUGAAGAUCAAGGAGCCGGAGCCCCAGUAUUUCCGCUUCGAAGGCGUCUGGCUGACGGAGACGGGCAUGGCCGUGCUGCGCAACCUCUCCAUGUCCCCCCUGCACAAGCGCAGGCAGCGCAAGACCCGGCUGGGCACCCUGAAUGGGGAGGGGGGCCUGGAGGGGGGCGACCCCCUGGGCACGGAUGAGAAGAAGGACGGGGAUCUGGACGGGGACGACCUGCUGAAGGGUGAAGUGGGCGUGGAGCACAUGGAAUGUGAGAUCAAGCUGGAAGCUGCCGCCAGCCCCGAGCGGGACGGGGGGGCCGACGUGGACUCGGGGAAGGGGCUGGAGGAUUCAGAGGAGUGCAAGAAGAGGAAGCGGAAGCCCUACCGCCCCGGGAUCGGUGGGUUCAUGGUGCGGCAGCGGAAGUCCCAUACCCGGCUGAAGAAGGGCUCGGCAGUGCUGCUGGAGGCAUGUCGCGAGGUGCUGAGCGCCGAGGGGCAUCCGGAGGACGGGGCGCCGGCGGAGAUCCCUGCGGAGGGCGCCGUGGAGCAGGGCGCCACGGAGGGGGAUGAGAAGAAGAAACGCCGAGGCAGGAAGAAGAGCAAGUUGGAGGAUAUGUUCCCUGCCUACCUCCAGGAAGCGUUCUUCGGGAAGGCGCUCAUGGACCUGAGCCGGAAGGCCCUGCUGGCUGCUGGGGGUGUGGGGGAUGGAGCUGCCUGCCCCCCCUUUGGCCAGGGUGCUCCCAGACCCAGGGUGGACCCUGGGGUGCCCGGAACACUCCAGAGGGUGCCUGGAGAUGGGAAGGAGACCCCUGCCCAUCUGAAAGGGGAUGACAGCAUGGACAGCAGCAGCCUGGUGGGCCAAGAGGAGGACCCGAAAGGGGCGGAAGCGAAGGCUGAGGACCCAGGGACAGAGGAGCCGAAAGGUUCUCCGGAUCCUGGGAACAGUGAGAAACCAGCAACGCCCGGCGAGGGUGCUCUCAGCUCCGACCUUGACAAGAUCCCCACAGAAGAAUUGCCCAAGAUGGAGAGCAAGGACAUCCAGCAGCUCUUCAAGGACGUGCUGGGCUCUGCCGAGCGGGAGCAGCAGCUGAACUGCGUGGCGGCAGGGAUGGAGGCCAGCAUGGGAGGGCGAGACCCCAACCGGGCGCAGCUCUCCCAGAGGCCCUUCCUGCAAGGGAGUGCUUCUCUGGGCUCUCUCUCCUCCGCUGUCCCCAUGGAGUCCUACUCGGGAGUCUGCCAGUCCCCGUUCCUUGAUAACAGAGAGAGAAGCGGCUUCUUCAGCCCAGACCACUGUGAGCCCGAGAGUCCCUGGGCCAGCAGCUCAGCUGCCACCACGCCCUCCACACCCACCACCCCAACCACGGAGGGUGAGGGGGAUGGGCUCUCCUACAACCAACGGAGCCUACAGCGCUGGGAGAAGGAUGAGGAGCUGGGUGAGCUGUCCACCAUCUCGCCCGUACUCUAUGCCAACAUGAACUUCCCCAGCCUCAAGCAGGAUUACCCAGACUGGUCCAGCCGCUGCAAACAGAUCAUGAAGCUCUGGAGAAAGGUCCCAGCUCCGGACAAAGCCCCCUACUUGCAAAAGGCCAAAGAUAACCGGGCAGCUCAUCGCAUCAACAAGGUGCAGAAGCAGGCCGAGAGCCAAAUCAACAAGCAGACCAAAGGGGAGGUGCUGCGCAAGCCCGAGAGACCCUCGCUGCACCUGAGGAUCCCGCCCCAGCAGGGGGCACUGCCUGGUGCUGCGGGGCAGCCUGUCUACAUCAACAGCCCCGUGGCCCUCCCCGGCUCUGCAGACGGGUUCCUGAAGUCCCCUGCUGGGGCCGAAGCGGCGACUGAGUCCAGCGAGCUCUUCCUCAAGCUUCCUUCCCAGUCACCAGCCCAAGUGCCUUCGCACGACCCCUACAGCAUGGCCCCCACCUACCCGCUGGAGCCCCGCUUCCCCUCGUCCCUGGGCCAGAGCCCCACAGCUGGAGCUGCCUUCCAGCCCUUCCCCACACAACAGCAGCAGCAGCUCCUGCCCACUCCCCGGCCGGCCCUAGGCCCCCAGCCUCCAGAGUUCCACCCCACCUCCCCCGGGACCCCCCGGCACCAACCCUCCACUCCAGACCCCUUCCUGAAACCUCGCUGCCUCAGUGGCUCUCUGGACAACCUGUCAGUGCCAGGGAGCCCUGGGGCCAGGCCCCCCGAGCCCCUGCUCUCGCCCCCUCCCUUCGGGGAGCAGAAGAGGGGCCUGGAGGCAGGGGGGCUGCAGGUGAAGAAGGAGGAAGGGGGCCCGGGAGUGUGUUCUCCUGGCUACAUGGCCACUCUGGGCUACGCUGACUCCCCGUCCCACCUCUCCUCCACCGAGCUGAAGGCAGCCGACGUGUUCAAAGCCCCCCUGACCCCACGGGUCUCUCAGGUAGAGCCACAGAGCCCAGGGCUGGUGCAUCCCCACCUCCAGGCUCUGGCCCCCUCACCUCCCAGCCACCCCGACCUUUAUAGGCAGUCGCCCUCCGUGUCCUGCUACUCGGACCCCUAUGCCCAGCCCCCCCUGACGCCCCGGCCACAGCUCCCCGACAGCUGCUGUGCCCUGCCCCCCAGGUCCUUGCCUUCCGACCCCUUCUCCCGCGUCCCCGCCAGCCCGCAGUCCCAGUCCAGCUCCCAGUCACCUCUGACCCCCCGGCCGCUCUCCAAUGAGGCUUGCUGCCAGUCACCCGUCACUCCUCGCUUCCAGUCACCCGACCCCUACUCCAGACCCCCCUCGCGCCCCCAGUCCCGGGACCCCUUUGCCCCCCUGCAUAAGCCCCCACGGCCCCAAAUGCCUGACUCUGGCUUCAAAUCGAUCCCAGUCUCCCACAAUCCCCCAGCUGGCGGGGGCUUCCCCCCAGCCCAGCCCAGUGACCCUCAGUCCAAGGGGCCGGGGAGCCAGCAGCCCCCCUUCGCUCGCUCCCCCGGAGCCAGCGUCUUCCCUGGCGCCCAGGCCCAGAUGCGGUUCACCUUCCCUCCAUCUGGCUCAGAGCCCCUCAAGGGUUCCCCCUCCCACCAACCCCAUGGGAUGAACAGCCAUUUCGCCUCUAGCCAGCCCAUGGGCAAGUCCCAAAGCGCCAGCUAUGCCUCCUCGCCCGGCUUCCACCAGGCCGGUAGCCCCCUGGGGCCUGGCAGCUGCCCUGCUGAGACCUACAGCCUCUCUCCCCUGCGGCCCCCCUCGGUGCUGCCGCAGCAGCCCCCACAUCCCCAGCAGCAGCAGGACGGCUCCCUGACCUACUUGCCCCGAGCCGGGAUGGCGCCGCCAGCCGACAAGCGGGACGAGGUGGCAUCGGGGAUCUCUGCUCUCCCCAGCCGGGAGCUGCCCGAACUGCCAGUCAGCCAGGAGGGCGCUGUCAGCAGCAUCAGCCAGUCGGAGCUGGAGAAGCAGAGGCAGCGCCAGAGACUCCGCGAGCUCCUCAUCCGCCAGCAAAUUCAGAGGAACAACCUGCGGCAGGAGAAGGAGAGCGCUGCCGCCGCCACCAGCUCCUCCCAGGCAGCGUGGAGCGCCGAAGCCAGCAGCCAGGCCUUCGAGCAGCUCAGGGGCCUGGCACCCUACCAGCCAGCACAGGACAAGAGCACCCUCGGGAAUCUGCCCGCGGCCCCUGGCAGCAGCAGACUCUCUGGGCCAGUCAUGGUGCCUGCAGCCUUCGCACCGGAUGAGCGGCUUUCCCGCCCGCCUCCUGCCGCCACGCCCUCCUCUAUGGAUCUCAAUGGCAGGCCAUCGGUGGGAGUGCCCCAGACCUUCUUCCCGCGCAGCAUGUUCCAGGGGCCCUCACCACAGCAGCAGCAGAUGUGGCAGCAGCAGCAGGCGGCCGUGCGGCUCCCCGGCCCCGCCCGCUUCCAGCAGCCGCCUGGCCAUGAGCUCAGCCGGCCGGCGCUAGGGGGCCUGGCUGGGCGCACGGUGGGCCCUGCCGAGCAGAUCCCGUCCUCGCCCGGAGCCGUGGGGGCCCAGUUCAUUGAGCUGCGGCACAAUGCCCAGAAGGGGGCAGCUGGGGGUAUAGGCUCCCCCUUCGCCCAGCAGGGCCCCCCAGCCAGACCACGCUUCUUCCUGCCCAGCGACGAGAGCUCCAGCCAGGCCCUGCGUGCCUCCGUCAUGCCUCUGCCAGCCCCGGUGCUGCAGCCCCAGAAGCUGCCAGCCCCUCUGCCGCCUUCCACUACUUCCCCGCAGGGGGCUGAGCGGAGCCACCAGCCUCCCCCUAAAAGCGGCCCUCCACUGCCCCCGCCUCCCAGCAGCCUGGAGCUUCAGCAUGGCCCUCCCCGGCCUCUGUCGUCAUCCUCUGGCUCUGGCCUGCGUCCCGACGGCCCCAAGGACGGCCCUGCCAUGGAGCCCCCGCUGGCUCCGGUCCCGGCUCCAGCUCCCAGCAAGAGCCACCUGGCGCUGGAGGGUGGGCGGCUCCCAUGUGAGGUGCCGGUGGAGCCUGACCUGGACGACGACUUCGACUCCCACAAGGACCUGGAGGACGACGACCUGGCCAACCUGAGCCUGGACCCGGAUGUGGCCAAGGGGGACGACGAGCUGGGCAACCUGGACAACCUGGAGACCAAUGACCCCCACUUGGACGACCUGCUGAACGGUGAUGAGUUCGACCUGCUGGCCUACACUGACCCCGAGCUGGACACAGGAGACAAGAAGGACAUCUUCAACGAGCACCUGCGCCUGGUGGAGUCGGCCAACGAGAAGGCCGAGCGUGAGGCUCUGCUCAAGAGGGAGCCGGUUGGGCCCUGCCCCAAGGGCCCUGGGGAGCUCAAGGAGCUGGCACCCCCCAGGGAGGGGCUGCCACCCACCACUUGCCCCUCCAGCACGGCACCGGCUCCCCACCUGAUCUUCAAGGCCCAGGCCAGCAUCCUAGAAGCCAAGCCGGCCUCCCUGCCGGCCAGUGUCCAACCCAAGCUGGAGGAAGGCUGCCUGAAGACAUCCCCCUGCCAGUUCAACACUGGCGCCUCUGACCGCCUCCCGGUUCCCAUCAAGUCAGAGGCCCUCCAGGGGGCCGAGAAAAUGGCUGCCUCCCUAGGCCUGACCCUCAAGCCUGGCCAGAACCUGCUGAGCCCCGGAGCGGGGCCCACGCGGCUCGGCACCACCCCCUUCCCUCCCAACAGCCAAGUUGCCACCUCUGGCUCAGACAAGGGCCCCUACGCUGCCCCGGGCCGCGGGCUGGCCCCCGGCCAGAGCACUGCCCUGCUGGAGCUGGAUGGAGGGGCCUUGGGCCUGGCUAACGCCCAGCACUCGCCGGCUGAUGACCUGGAGAAGAUGGAGAGCUCCCUGGUGGCCAGUGAGCUGCCUCUGCUUAUCGAGGACCUGCUGGAGCAUGAGAAGAAGGAGCUACAGAAGAAGCAGCAGAUGUCGGCCCACCUGCCGGGGGGUGCCCAGCACCUCCAGACUGUGCAGCAGCAGCAGCAGCACUCCAUACUGGCUCAGCCUGCAGGGCCGGCCCAGCCCCCAGACGGGCAGGCUCCCCGCCUGCUGGGGCCCCAGCAACAGCUGCAGCUGGGCCUCAUUGCCAGGCAGCAGAACCUGGUGCCCACCCAACAGCUAAUGACGCAGCAGCAGCGGGUGGUGGGACCCCAGCAGGGCCAGGUGCUGGCCCCACACAUGGCGAUGGCGCAGGUGCAGCCCCAGCCCCAUGUCCCCACGGCCCAGCACGGCGUCCAGCCGGCGCUGACCCCGCAGCCAAACCAGCAGCAGGUGCUGGUGCAGAAGCAGAUACCUGGAGUGCAGCCGACCCCCAUGGGCACGAAACCCCAGCAGCUCGUCAUGCAGCAGCAGCAGCAGCUGGCCAACAGUUUCUUCCCCGACACAGACCUGGAUAAGUUUGCAGCUGAGGACAUCACGGACACCAUCACCAAGGCGAAGAUGGUGGCACUGAAGGGCAUCAAGAAGGUGAUGGCUCAGGGAAGCAUUGGGGUGGCCCCUGGGAUGAACAGGCAACAGGUGUCCCUGCUGGCUCAGCGGCUCUCAGGGGCCCCGGCCACGGCUGAACUGCAGAACCACGUCCCAGCUGGGAGCGGACAGGAGCGAAGUGGCAGCGACCCGUCUCAGGCCCGCCCCAACCCACCCACCUUUGCUCAGGGUGUCAUCAACGAGGCUGACCAGCGGCAGUAUGAAGAGUGGCUCUUCCACACGCAGCAGCUUCUGCAGAUGCAGCUGAAGGUGCUGGAGGAGCAGAUCGGUGUGCACCGCAAGUCACGCAAGGCCCUGUGCGCCAAGCAGCGCACGGCCAAGAAGGCCGGCCGCGAGUUCCCCGAGGCCGAUGCGGAGAAGCUCAAGCUGGUGACGGAGCAGCAGAGCAAGAUCCAGAAGCAGCUGGACCAGGUUCGGAAGCAGCAGAAGGAGCACACCAACCUGAUGGCCGAGUACCGCAACAAGCAGCAGCAGCAUCAGCAGAGCUCUGCCGUUAUGGCCCUGAGCCCCUCGCAGAGCCCCCGGCUCAUGGCCAAGCUCCCAGGCCAGCUGCUCUCCGCCCAUGGUGUCCAGCAACAGCUCCCCCAGCAACCCGGGGCCAUGGUGGGGGUGCAAGGCCUGGGCCAGCAGCCCAACCAGCUGACAGGGCAAGCAGGCAACGUGCGCUUGCCCCAGGGUGGAGUCUCCAUGGCGGUCCAGCAAGGCCUGUCCUUCAUGGGCCAGCAGCAACUGGGGAACGCAGCCGUCCCGGGCACGUCCAACAGCUUCUUCCCCGGGAAUCCCGCGCUCCGGGGGCUGGCCGCUGACACCCGGCUGAUGCAGGAGAGGCAGUUGCAGAGGAUGCAGCUGGCUCAGAAACUGCAGCAGCAGCAAAGCAUGCUGGGACAAGUGUCAUUGCAGCAGCAGCAGCAGCAGCAAAGCAUGCUGGGACAAGUGUCAUUGCAGCAGCAGCAGCAAAGCAUGCUGGGACAGGUGUCAUUGCAGCAGCCGCAGCAACAGCAAAGCAUGCUGGGACAGGUGUCAUUGCAGCAGCAACAGCAGAGCAUGCUGGGACAGGUGUCAUCAUUGCAGCAGCAGCAACAACAAAGCAUGCUGGGACAGGUAUCGUCACUGCAGCAGCCCCCUGCUCCCCAGCAGGGCAGUGGGGGGCAGCCCAUGGUUCCAAAGCAGCAGGGGAUCCUGGUCCAGCAGCUCUCUCCUCAGCCGCAGGCAGGGAUGAUGGGGCACUCCCAGGUGUCCAUGCUGCAGCAUCAGGGCGUCGCAGGCCACCAGAACCCCCCGAGGCAGGUGCUGUUAGCGCCCCACCAGCAGAGGGUGCUGGGCUCGCCUCAGCUGGUGCAGCAAACUCACGGCCUCCUGGGCCACCGGCUGAUUUUAUCACCAGCACAGCAGCAGCAGGCUGGACUUCUGGGCCAGUCACGGACUUUGCUGACACAGCAGCAGCAGAGCUCUCUAGCACAGCAUCCGGCCCUGCUGGGGCAGGGGCAGGCUGCCAAGCAGCAGAUACAGCACUUUCCACAGCAUGGGGUCCUGGGCCAGUCCUCCUCCAUGCUACACUUGAGUCAGGGAGUUCAGCCAGCCCUGCAGGGCACGGCCGCCAAGGAGCAGCAGGGAGGGGCAGAGAACACUGUGCUGCCUGCAGAGGGUGCCGAGGGCAGGGGGCAGCAUCAGGUUCAGCUGGCAGCCGCUGGGAGUGGGCCGGGCAGCCAGGACCUCGGGGGGCAGCCGCACAUGGGCACUCAGGACCAGCAGGGCAUUCAGAACCUCAAUCCCCUGGCACCGGCCAGCCAGGAGCCGCUGGCGCCCCUGGGCGGAGAGCAGCCGCCACAGAAACACCAGCCCGAACCAGGACAGCAACAGCCCUGCCCACUGUCCUCCCCGCAGCAGACCAUGGCGAGCUCCCUGCAGCUGCAGCAGCCGCAGCGAAUGCAGGGGGGCCCGCAGCAAAGCAACCUGCUUCAUCCGCCACUGCAGAACAGCGGGGAGCUGGCGCAGCUGGGGGGCACCAUGAGGCCAGAGCAGCCACACUCGGACCCUGCCCAGGGGCCUCACUUGCUGGCCCCACAGAGCUCAGUGGCAGAACAGCAACAGCAGCCUGGGAGCAUGAUGAGCCAGGGGCAAAGCCUCAUGGGCCAGCAGCCGCUGCAGAGGAUUGUGGGCCAACCACCAGCACAGAGCCUAGAACAGCAACCGAAAGGGCUGGUGGGCCAGCGGCUGCCGAGCCCGGCAGUGCAGCACAAGGCCGGGCUGAUGGGGCAGCUGCAGCAGAGCAUGCUGGUCCCACAGGUGUCCCAUGCACAGAGCAUCCUGAGCCAGGUGUCCGCUCCUGUGAUGGGCCAAAUCCGAGCUCAGCUGCAAGGCGUCAUCUCCAAAAACCCGCAGCUACGGCACCUCACCCCGCAGCAGCUGCAGGCCAUCCUGGUGCAGCGCCACCAGCAGAGCCUGCUGCAGCAGAGCCAGGCGCUCAGGCAGGCCCAGGCGCCCGUUGAGCAGGGGCCGCAGCCCCCCUCGGCUCUGCAGGCCUCCAUGGUGCGCCAGCCACCAAGGCAGCCGGGGACAGCGUUCCAGGUCCGGACAGCUGGCCCCUCCGCUGCUGCCGAGCAGAUGCAGCCAGGGUUUGUCACGGAGCAGGCGUCUGCCGGCCAGCAGAGAGCGUCGCUAAGCGUCCCCCAGCAGCCUCUGGCAGAGCUGAUGCCCACGGCGCUGGCGGGGCAUAGUCCCCAGCAGGCGGUACUCAGACUCUCUGCCCCACCAGCAACUGCCCCAGUCCAGCCGCCCAUGAGCAUGGUCAGCCUGGGCUCUGUGCAUCAGCACCCCCCACCCAGCUGGGAACAGAGCCCCCAAGAGCCAAAGGAAGCCUCCCCGCCCACCCUGGCCAGCCCGCCCAGUGUAGCACAGAGCCCUGGGGUACAGCCCGAGCACAGACUGACGCCCACCCAGAACAGCCUCCUAGCGGAGCCGGUGCCCACCAUCCCAAAGCCACCCCCCAGCCAAACAGGGGAGGAGUCCUUUGCUAGGACCCCUGGCCACUGGGACCUGGCAGCGCAGGGUCCCAACUCCUCUCCCAGCAGGGAGCCCACGGAUGGAUCGAGAAAGCCACCGGACCGGAGCCUGGCCAGGAAUCGAGUCAACGGGCAGGUGGGAGAAAGGCCAGGCCCACAGGCCUCUCCUCUGGAAGGGGGGGCCCUGCCAGCUGAGGCCCCCGGGGUCUGCAUCAAGCAGGAGCCCAAGGAGGAGACAGCGCAGUGCGUGCUGGGCGGGGGCCAGGCUGUGAAACGCGAGGCCAACGGGGAGCUGGCGCCUGCCGCGGCCAACAGUCUGCUGCUGGGCAGCCAGCUGCUGGUGGGUGCGCGGUCUGAGGCCGGGCACCUGCUGCUGCAGAAGCUGUUGCGGGCCAAGAACGUGCAGCUGGCGUCGCAGCGCUCUGCGGAGGGGCUGCGCUCCAAAGUCAACGGGCACAGCGAUGGCAAGCUCUCGGGGCUGGAGCAGAGGCUGCAGGCGGCUGCUCCUGGCAGAGAGGACCCCUGUGCCAGCAAAAAGCCUCUGGCCCCAAAGCCCAAGCGGGCCCAGAAGAGCGGGGAGCGGGUGGCCGCCUCCCGCAGGAAGCUGCGCAAGGAGGAUGGGCUCAGAUCCAGUGAGGCCCUAAUGAAGCAGCUGAAGCAGGAGCUCUCCCUGCUACCCCUGGUGGAACCCACCAUCACAGCCAACUUCAGCCUCUUCGCACCCUUCGGCAGCAGCCCCAUCAAUGGCAAGAGCCAGCUGAAGGGGGCGUUCGGCAGCGCCGUGCUGGACAGUGUCCCCGACUACUACACGCAGCUGCUCACCAAGAACAACCUGAGCAACCCGCCUACCCCGCCCUCCUCGCUGCCCCCCACCCCGCCCCCCUCCGUGCAGCAGAAGAUGGUGAACGGCGUCACCUCCUCGGAGGAGCUGGCCGAGCAGCGCAAGGAGCCAGACCAGGCCCGGGAAGUCGAAGGGCGGAAGGACACGCCAGCCGUGGAAGUGAAGAGCCUAGACCUGCUGGCGGCCCUGCCCACGCCCCCACACAACCAGACCGAGGACGUGAGGAUGGAGAGCGACGAGGAGAGCGACUCCCCCGACAGCAUCGUCCCUGCCUCGUCCCCAGAGAGUGUCCUGGGCGAGGAGCCACCUCGCUUCCCUCUGCUGGCCGACGCGAAGCUGGAGCUGCAGGAGCGGGUGCUGUCGCCCGUCAUCCCCAUCAUCCCCAGGGCCAGCAUCCCAGCGUUCCCUGACCCGAGGCCCCCCGAGGUGCGGGAGCCCUUCGGGGAGCACGGCGGGAAGGUGGCCCUGGCACAGGGCGUUGCAUGGGAGAAGGGGAAAGGCAAUGAAGUCUCCGUCAUGCUGACUGUCUCGGCUGCAGCUGCUAAGAACCUGAACGGCGUCAUGGUGGCCGUGGCCGAGCUGCUCCGUAUGAAGAUCCCCAGCUCCUACGAGGUGCUGUUCCCCGAGAGCCCGGUGCGGGGCUCCGGGCCUGAGGCCAAGAAGAUGGAGACGGAUGGGGCUGGUGGGCUCGGCGGCAAGGCCAAGGCGGCGCUGGCAGGGAAAGCCCCCGACGCUGGCACCGAGUGGCUGAAGCAGUUUGAUGCCAUGCUGCCGGGGUACAGCCUCAAGAAUGAGCUGGACAUCCUGACGCUGCUCAAACAGGAGAGCCCGGGACUGGAGAAGGCCGUGCAGCACUGCUACGUGAACAACGUCUCCAACCUGGACGUGCGUCAGCUCUCCAUCCUGCCCCAGGAGCCGUCCCCGCCCCUGUCGCCCCUUGCCCCCUCCCCUGCCAGCCCCGCCGACGGGGACAGGAUCCCAGAGGCACCCCCUGAAGUGGCCCCUGCGCCCCUCUCCCCACCCUCCAAGGAGGAGGCAGCAGCACGCUCGCCGCCCAAGCUCAAGCCGCGCUCGCGGCCCUCGGAAGAGGGAGAGGAGCCCCGGCCCCGGCCCAAGAAGUGGAAGGGGGUGCGGUGGAAGCGGCUGCGCUUCCUCAUCACCAUCCAGAAGGGCGGAGCCCAGCCAGACGGCGAGAAGGAGAUCUCCGAGUUCAUCGAGAAGCUGGGUACCACCCUGCGGCCCCAGAAGGUGCCCCGGGACCUGCGCAAGUGCUGCUUCUGCCACGAGGAGGGGGACGGUGCCACCGACGGGCCCGCCCGCCUGCUCAACCUUGACCUAGACCUCUGGGUGCACCUGAACUGCGCCCUGUGGUCCACCGAGGUGUACGAGACGCAGGGCGGGGCACUGAUCAACGUGGAGGGGGCGCUGCACCGAGGGCUGCUCACCAAGUGCUCCCUGUGCCAGAAGACGGGUGCCACCAACAGCUGCAACCGCAUCCGCUGCCCCAGCGUCUACCACUUUGCCUGCGCCAUCCGGGCCAAGUGCAUGUUCUUCAAGGACAAGACCAUGCUGUGCCCGCUGCACAAGCUCAAGGGCCCCUGCGACCAGGAGCUCAGCACCUUCACCGUCUUCCGGCGCGUCUACAUCGAGCGCGACGAGGUCAAGCAGAUCGCCAGCAUCAUCCAGCGCGGCGAGCGCCUGCACAUGUUCCGCGUGGGCGGCUUGCUCUUCCAUGCCAUCGGCCAGCUGCUGCCCCACCAGAUGGGCGACUUCCACAGCGUCACAGCCCUCUACCCCGUGGGCUUCGAGGCCACCCGCAUCUACUGGAGCCUGCGCACCAACAACCGCCGCUGCUGCUACCGCUGCAGCAUCUGCGAGAACAACGGGCGCCCCGAGUUCGUGGUGCAGGUCAUCGAACAGGGCCUGGAGGACCUGGUCUUCACCGACUCCUCGCCACAGGCCGUCUGGAACCGCAUCAUCGAGCCGGUGGCGGCCAUGAGGAAGGAGGCGGACAUGCUGCGGCUCUUCCCCGAGUACCUGAAGGGCGAGGAGCUCUUUGGCCUCACAGUGCAUGCGGUGCUGCGCAUCGCCGAGUCCCUGCCUGGUGUGGAGAGCUGCCAGAACUACCUGUUCCGCUAUGGGCGCCACCCGCUGAUGGAACUGCCGCUCAUGAUCAACCCCACCGGCUGUGCCCGCUCCGAGCCCAAGAUCCUCACCCACUACAAACGGCCCCACACCCUGAACAGCACCAGCAUGUCCAAGGCCUACCAGAGCACGUUCACGGGUGAGACCAACACGCCCUACAGCAAGCAGUUCGUGCACUCCAAGUCCUCGCAGUACCGCCGCCUCAAGACCGAGUGGAAGAACAACGUGUACCUGGCGCGCUCCCGCAUCCAGGGGCUGGGGCUCUACGCCGCCAAGGACCUGGAGAAGCACACCAUGGUCAUCGAGUACAUCGGCACCAUCAUCCGCAACGAGGUGGCCAACCGGCGGGAGAAGAUCUACGAGGAGCAGAACCGGGGAAUCUACAUGUUCCGCAUCAACAACGAACACGUCAUUGACGCCACGCUCACGGGGGGCCCAGCCAGGUACAUUAACCACUCGUGCGCCCCAAACUGUGUGGCUGAGGUCGUGACCUUCGACAAGGAAGAUAAGAUCAUUAUCAUCUCCAGCCGCCGGAUUCCCAAAGGGGAGGAGCUGACCUACGACUAUCAGUUUGACUUUGAAGACGAUCAGCAUAAGAUCCCCUGCCACUGCGGAGCCUGGAACUGCAGGAAAUGGAUGAACUAGCCGCCACAGGGCCACCAGUCGCAGGCAGCCCCUGGUGCGCAGCUGCAAGGAAGCCUCUGCUGUAAGGAAGCCUCUGCUGUGGGUUCUCCUUCCCCCUUGCCAUGCUGGGGGCGGGGGAGGCAGAGAUGGCGUAGGGGAAACGGCCCCAGCUGGAACCCAGGAAGCAAGGUUGGUGCAGGUGGGUCAGCCGGGGCCGCUUUCGGUUCCAAAGGCAAGGUGGCUCCAGGGGGCGCCAGUCCUUGCUCACACCCAUCGGAUGCUGUCCACCUAACUUCCACAGGGAGGGCGUACCGAAAAGACCAGGGACCUCGGUUCUCUCCCUAGCCGCUCCAGCCCUGCGCGCCUCGGCCCUGGGCCCCUGCUGGCAGGGCGCUGCUCUCCCUGAGUGGGUGGCCGCAGCGCCAUGAGUGGAACUGAUGAACUGGCGACUCAGGGUUUUCUUUUGUUUUGUUUUGUGAGGAGGGCAGGGCCUGUGGCACCAACAAAACCUGCCCUGUCCACCUUGCUCACUGUAAAUAACUGGACGGAUGCGGGGCGAGC